GGCGCGCUCUGUGUUGCUGAGGUUUUGAGGUGGUCGGCAGGGCUCGGGGGGGACGAUUUCCCCGCCACGGGGGCCCUGGAGGAUGAAUCGGGGGCUGUGUUAAGGUUAGGCGGUGGGGCUGGAGAGAAGUGGCAGCAAGGGCUGCAGUGGAGUCAACGGAACGGGAUGUGCGAGAGUUACUCCAGAUCGUUGUUGAGGGUCUCGGUGGCGCAGAUCUGCCAGGCGCUGGGCUGGGACUCGGUGCAACUCAGCGCCUGCCACCUCCUCACGGACGUGCUGCAACGCUAUCUGCAGCAGUUGGGACGGGGCUGCCAUCGGUACUCUGAGCUCUAUGGCCGAACAGACCCAAUUUUGGAUGAUGUUAGUGAAGCUUUUCAGUUGAUGGGGGUUAAUCUUCAUGAACUAGAAGACUAUAUUCACAAUAUUGAACCUGUCACUUUCCCACAUCAAAUUCCUUCAUUUCCUGUUAGCAAGAACAAUGUACUUCAGUUUCCUCAACCUGGAAGUAAAGAUGCAGAAGAAAGGAAAGAAUACAUUCCUGAUUACAUGCCACCCAUUGUGUCUUCUCAGGAAGAGGAAGAAGAAGAACAGGUGCCAACUGAUGGGGGCACAUCAGCAGAAGCCAUGCAAGUUCCCUUGGAAGAAGAUGAUGAAAAUUUCUUGGGUAAAAGACCAUUGGAUAGUCCUGAAGCUGAAGAAAUGCCUGCCACGAAGCGACCACGACUUUUAAGCACUAAAGGGGACACCCUAGACGUAGUAUUACUGGAGCCUCGAGAGCCACUCAGCUCAAUAAAUACUCAAAAGAUUCCACCCAUGCUUUCUCCAGUUCAUGAACAGGACAAUACAGACCUAGCACCUCCAUCCCCAGAACCACCCAUGUUGGCUCCAGUUACAAAAUCACAGUUGCCAGCCGCAAAACCAUUAGAGCCAAAGUCAUUUGCACCUAAAACAAAGACUAAAACUAGUUCUCCAGGACAGAAGACUAAAUCACCUAAAACUACUCAGUCACCAGCAAUGGUCGGAAGUCCUAUUCGGUCACCUAAAACUGUAUCCAAAGAAAAGAAAUCACCUGGACGUUCUAAGAGUCCCAAAAGCCCCAAGAGUCCCAAGGUUGUGACUCAUAUUUCCCAAGCAUCUAUCAGACCUGAGACACCAAAUAGGACUCCUUCAGCUACAAUGUGUGAAAAAAUUAAUAAAGAGACUAUUCAGGUAAAACAAACACAAACACCGCCUGAUGCUGGGAAACUGAACAAUGAAAAUCAGCCGAAAAAGGCUAUUGUUGCAGAUAAAACAAUUGAUGACUCUAUUGAUGCUGUGAUUGCCCGAGCUUGUGCUGAACGAGAGCCAGAUCCUUUUGAAUUUUCUUCUGGAUCAGAAUCCGAAGGGGACAUUUUUACAAGCCCUAGGAGAAUGUCAGGUUCAGAGUGUACUACCCCAAAAGCGUCUGUUUCGUCAAACAAUUUCACUAAAUCAGGAUCCACUCCGCUUCCUCUUUCAGGUGGAACUCCAAGUUCAGAUAAUUCAUGGACAAUGGAUGCCUCAAUUGAUGAGGUUGUACGGAAAGCAAAAAUGGGAGCACCCUCAAAUAUGCCUCCCGACUUUCCUUAUUUCUCUUCUCCUUCAGUUUCUCCUCCUACCCCUGAACCUCUUCACAAGAUAUAUGAGGAGAAAACCAAACUGCCUUCAUCAUUAGAAGUAAAGAAGUUGAAGAAAGAACUGAAAACUAAAAUGAAGAAGAAAGAAAAGCAGAGAGACAAGGAGAGGGAAAAAGACAAAAGCAAGGAAAAAAGUAAAGACAAGGAUAAAAUAAAAGACAAAGAAAAGGAAAUCAACAAGGAAACGAAGUAUCCAUGGAAGGAAUUUCUUAAAGAUGAGGAUUCAGACCCCUACACGCUUAAGAUAAAAGAAUUUGAAGAUGUGGAUCCAAAAGUGAGAUUGAAAGAUGGACUUGUGAGAAAAGACAAAGAGAAGCAUAAAGAUAAGAAGAAGGACAGAGAAAAAGGCAAAAAGGAGAAAGAUAAGCGAGAAAAGGAAAAAGCUAAAGAUAAAGGUAGAGAAGAUAAGAUGAAAGCUCCAACUCCUUUAGUGUUGCCUCCAAAAGAAUUGGCGUUUUCCAUGUUCAGUGCUGCUGGAUCCGUGAAGAUCCCACCAAUGUUACCUUCUUUGUCGCCAAUGCUUCCUGAAAAAUUGUUUGAAGAAAAAGAGAAACCUAAGGAGAAAGACAAGAAAAAAGAUAAAAAGGAGAAGAAGAAAAAGAAAGAGAGAGAGAAGGAAAAGGAGAAGAAAGAGAAGGAAAGGGAAAAAGAGAAAAGAGAGAGAGAGAAGAGAGAAAAAGAAAAGGAGAAGCACAAGCAUGAAAAAAUAAAAGUGGAGCCUGUUGUUCCAGCCCCAAGUCCAGUUAUCCCCAGAUUAACUCUCAGAGUUGGUGCUGGCCAAGACAAGAUUGUUAUCAGCAAAGUCGUCCCAGCCCCCGAGGCUAAACCACCAGCUUCUCUAACUAGACCUAAGACUCCGCCCCCUGUACCAGCCACAGCACCUGUACCACUGCACAUGGCUUCUUCCCUGAUGCCUUUGCCACUCCUCACACAGUCUACUCCAUCACCUGCUCUCAUUCCUUCUCCUGCCCCUGCCAUCUCUGGAGCAGGAAGUUCCAAAGCCCCUGUACGAAGUGUGGUAACCGAGACAGUCAGCACUUAUGUGAUCAGGGAUGAGUGGGGUAAUCAGAUCUGGAUCUGCCCUGGGUGUAAUAAACCUGAUGACGGAAGCCCGAUGAUUGGCUGUGAUGGCUGUGAUGACUGGUACCAUUGGCCCUGUGUUGGAAUAAUGACUGCACCCCCCGAAGAAAUGCAGUGGUUCUGUCCCAAGUGUGCCAACAAGAAGAAAGAUAAAAAGCACAAAAAGAGGAAGCACAGAGCACACUGA